GUUAAAACUAAAUACGCCUCCAUAAAUGCCCCUUUCUCUCCGCUCCAUUUCCAAAACAAAAUUCACAAAACAAAGAUUACGCUAUUCUCUCUCUUCUCUUCAAAGAAAAAGGAGACGGCAAUGGGUCGGUGGGCUGUAUCUCUCUCUCUACUGUUAAUUGUGGCCGGAGUUGCGGCUCAGUCGCCGGCAGCGGCGCCCUCCGCUGCGAAAGCAGCCACUGCACCGACCGCUAAUGCUCCGGUCGCUGCGAAAACACCCGCGGCUCCAUUGAAAUCCCCUGUUGUAAAAAACAACGCCCCUGUUUCUUCGCCGGCGAGUGCUCCGGUUGCCGCAAAACCAGUCUCUCCGGUGAAUGCUCCCUCAAAAGCUCCCACCUCCGCAAAGGCAGUUGCUCCGGCGACCUCUCCGGCUACAAAAGCUCCGGCAGCCCCUUCCAAGGCUCCAGCUUUGUCCCCUCCUGCUCUGUCUCCGGCCUCUGUUCCCCCGGCAAUCGCUCCGGCGAUUAAAUCUCCGCCGGCAGCAGCGCCUGUACAGCAGUCACCACCAGCUUCCGCUCCCGAAGCAGCCACCCCUCCUUCUGCCUCUUCACCUCCGGCGGCGUCCCCCGCUGAGGCUCCCGCGACGAAGCCUGCAGCUCCGUCUCCAAGCAAGAGCAAGGCCAAAGGAAAGAGUAAGAAACACCACGCUAAAUCACCAGCACCAGCUCCGGCGUUGGAUAGCCCACCGGCGCCUCCGUCGGAAGCCCCCGGACCCAACCCCGACGCCCUCUCUCCGGGGCCGGCGUCAUCCCUCAACGAUAGUGGAGCAGAGAAAUUGAUGGGCUGGACCGUAAUGUUGGCAUUGGGAUGGGCUGUAAUCAGCUGUGUGACGGUGUUCUAGAGCGGGUUCACAUCUAUACAUCUCCGCCCUCCAUCUCCUUCUCCUCUCAUCCGACGGUCAAAUUUUAUUGUUAUUAAUACUCCAUAAUGAUUGUUAUUACGGAGCAUUAAUUGAUAUAUAUUUAUAUCACCACUCACGGGCCUGAUUUCCCUCCGUUUAUAGCGGAUUUGAUUGCCUCAUUGCUAUAUUCUUUCUAUUAUUAUUAUUAUUAUUUGAGGAAAUACUUUUUUGUAUUCUCUUGUUAAUUACUACUCCACUCCAUAAUCUAUAAAGCUUUUAUUUGUCAACUAGAAUUCACUUUUUAUCUUCACUUUUUCUUGUGUGGUUAUUAUUAUUAAGAGUAAGUCUAAAAUGACACUAGUGUUACUGAUUCAAUUCGUGAUUUGUAUAUGUUUGUAUAUGAAUGGUAUUUGUUAUUGGUUACAUUAACGCAUACGGAUACGAAUAUAUUCUAUGUUCGGUU